AUGUCAAAUGUAGUGAAUUAUUUCUUUAAAAAUUUCGUUUUAAAAGAAAAGAAUACAAUCCUAAAAUGUGGUAUGUUGAAAAGAAGGUACUCCAAGAUAACAAGUGUUAAUGUGAAUAACUGGAAUGACAUUCACAGGGAGAUUAUCCAUAAAAUCCAUGACAGCGAUUUCGUUUCGAUUGACGUGGAGUACACAGGGCUGCAUCUAAAGGAUGAGAGGUACAUAUCUAUUGAUUCCAGUUAUGAAGCCCAUUGUUAUGGAGCCAAAUCUUUUUUCCCUUGCCAAAUUGGAAUCACCGUGGCUAGGAAAAAUGACAUAAUGGAAAAGGAGAAACGCGCAGCAGACGGAGGAGGAGAAAAAGAAAAGGAACAGCUUCGGAAAACGAAUAUACACAAUAUUAAAGUUUCAAGACAAGAAAAUGAAAAAGUAGACCACAAGUACUGCUUAAAGCGUGACCAAGAGUGGGAUAUAUCACCCUACUGCAUCUAUGUUUUCCCAAAGGAAAAUAAAUACUUCAGUGUAUCUACAACUACUCUUAUUUUCUUAAAGGAAAAUAAUUUCGAUUUUAACGAAUGGAUUUGUAAUGGUGUAGGUUAUUUAACACCACCUGAGGAGGAAGAAAAAAAAAAAUAUAUCUUUGAAAAAAUCGACGAGCUAAAAAAUUUGAUGAAUAAAUGUGUCACGAAAACGGGGAAUGUCAGAGAGAAGGACUUGGAUGACAGAAAAAAAAAAGUAGAUGUAGAGAAAAUUAUUCAAGAAAUAGAAAAUUAUAAAAUUGUGGACGACGAAGAUAAGGAAGCCGUUAUUGAGAUAAUAAAGAAGAUUGGGAUUUGGUUGACACGCGGGGAUAUGUCCCAUCCUGUGGGGAGGCUCAAUCACGGAGAGGAGGAAAAAACAAGUUCGGUGGAGAAGGCUAACUGCGCAGAUGGGCGAUCAUUACACCAGUCGGAAGAUGUAGGGGAGCCCCAUUCGCAUCAUAUCAAUGCAAUCUUUCAACGCGGUGGCAGCAAAGGGGAGAAUUGCAACAGUGUUCACAAGAAUUACACCCAUGGACGUGAGGGGCAUGAAGAAGAAAGUGUCACGUUCAGAGGAGACAUUCCCGGUUUGUCAGAAUCUGAAUGUAAUAACCAUGUUGCUUCUACUCGUGUAAACAGUGGUGAUAUUCCAUUGGACUCUAACCAUGUAGACGCGUCCCUCGGUGGGGAAAAGCAGGGAGGGGAGGUAGGGAGGAUGGAUUUCCCACCCCGAGCAAACCCAAACGAUGAUCCAUCGGAUUGUCCCCUAUACAUAGAAAUAGAAAACCCCUAUCUGCGAUUACUUGCGCAUACGUUAAUAACGAAAUAUUUCAACGGCAUUUUCUGCAUAUCUGUCAAGGUGAAUGAUAAGAAGCAUUUAGCCAUCUAUCGAACGGAAAAGGAUUCGUACAAGGAACAAAUUAGGGCACUGGAAUUGGAGAUAGAGAAAAUAAAUCAAACAGUUGGAGUGAGAUUACUAUUUGAUGAAAUUAUAAAAAAUAAAAAAAUAAUUAUCGGACAUAAUUGCUUUUAUGAUAUCCUGCACAUAUAUCAGACCUUCUAUCAUGAGUUGCCAAAUUCGAUUAGUGUCUUUAAGAAUAAAUGGACAGAGAUAUUUCCCUACACAUUUGAUACAAAGUACUUGAACGAAACGAAUGAAUAUUUAUAUGCACUGAAUGGUCCUGCAACUUUGAAGGGGUUAUGUGAAUACAUGGCUUCCCUAAUUUCUGCCAGUAACGAUUUCGAUUUUGUUUUUAAUUUUACCAAUGGCCAUUCGGACCUCCCUCAAUGUUUUGUCCCUCUU